AUGGCUGGCCCAACAUCCUUGAAAUCUGUAAAGGCACUUUUAACGCGGUACUGUAACAACUUGGAGCGCAUUGUAAAGGAAAACGAGGCAGUCAUAAAGGCAGAUCCAGAAACCUUCUGCGAUAGUGCUAAGUCGGCCAAAGCUCAGGCUGUGACACUUCAGCUAAACUCUUCCGUGAAUCUGGUUAUUGAAGCGCUCAAUGCCUUUACGACUAUGUGUGACUCAUUGGGUGACACGCUCACGGCUGAGCAACAGGAGCAGGUGGACGAUUACGUUACAAAAGCGCAUAAUGUCCUUGAGCUCGCGCAGACCGCAGCUAUCCAAUUAGAGUGCAACCGUACGAGUGCCCGAGACCAUGCACAAAUGCGACCCAGUGAGAGCGCAUGGGUAAUGCAAAACGCCUUAGCCGAUCUUGACGAAAUCAUAUCGAUGGAAGAGAGAAUAAGUGAAAUGGUUCAUUCCAAACCCGAUGGAAACCCACCACCGUUUUUUCGAGAGAAUAAGCGACCUAAGUUGACGUCCAUAGGAAGUGGGCAUUGCAUUUUUUGUGGGAGUGGAGACCACAAAUCAAUGUUUUGCAAGAAAUGCAUUACAUUGGAGGAGAGACGCACAGUUUUUCGUGAGCAUAACAGAUGUCUCAACUGUGCCAUAACAGGACAUUUCAUCAAAGACUGUCCAAAGGGUGCAAUGGGAAAAAAGCACCACCACACGCUCUGCCCGACACGUUGCCAAAAAAGCACGCCAGGUGCACCG